AUGUCUUCGAGUGAUGAGAAGCAGCUCGUCACGCUGCAUUGGACCGAUCUCUACGUCGAAACGACUCGCAAACGAAAAUUACUCAAUGGAGUGUCGGGUGUAGUGAAUCCAGGUGAACUAUGUGCACUGAUGGGAGCAAGUGGUGCCGGAAAGACGACCCUUCUCAACACGCUUUUACGCCGCAACACGAACGGGUUGAAGAUAAAGGGUGACGUGUACGCGAACGGACAAGAAGUGAAACGAUCAAUCACAGGAAUCAGUGGCUACGUUCAACAGGAGGAUCUCUUUCUUGGAUCGUUGACGGUGGAAGAACAUCUGAAUGUCCAAGCCCGUAUGCGACUUUCAGCCACGAUGAAUGCACAUCAGCGAAAAGAACGAGUGAAAGAAGUGAUCACGUCGAUGCUUCUCGAGAAUGCCCGCAAAUCCCGCAUUGGGACGCCAGGAAUCAAGAAAGGAAUCAGCGGCGGUGAAAUGAAACGUUUAUCCUUUGCGACGGCGCUUCUCAAACAGCCACCACUUCUUUUCUGCGACGAGCCAACAACUGGACUUGACUCACACAUGGCUCUUCUUGUUGUUAAGCAACUCGAAUUACUGGCAGCUGAAGGGAUGACCAUCGUGUGCACAAUUCAUCAGCCUAACCCCGAGACUUUCGAAAUCUUCGAUAAAGUUGUCUUCCUUUGCGGUGGUCGAGUUGCCUACAUCGGUCCCCCGCCAGAAGCCGUGCAUUUCUUCGCUUCAGCCGGCCAUCUCAUCCCGGAGCACUCGAAUCCGGCAAAUUUCUUCAUUCAGUGCUUGGCAGUUGAUCCUGAACACCCAGAAGAAUCCAAACAGCAAGGAACUGCAAUUUGUGAUGCUUUUGAGAGCUCCGACUACUAUCACAAUAUUGAGAUGGAGAUGGAAGAAGCGGCAAAACCACGAAAGCUUUACUCGAUGCCUCCCCCUUCAGUGUUCACUCUCAUUUUCGCUCUUUGGAAGCGCUAUAUCAUUGACAACUACCGAAAUCCAUCAGUUGUGGUGUCAAAAUUUGUGCAAAAGGCUUUUAUGGCAAUCUUUCUCGGACUACUUUAUCUCGAUCAUUGGGAGACUCAUCCAACACAAAAUGGUGUGCAGAAUCUGAAAGGAGCCCUCUUCUACUAUAUUUCCGAGCUGACCUACGCAACUCUAUAUGGCAUCCAAACGUAUCUACCCGGCGAUUUCCCUCUCCUUGUUCGAGAGUAUCACGAUGGAAUUUUUCCGACCCUUAGCUACUAUCUGGCACGGAUAUUCUCUUAUUUGCCGUUUUUCUCACUCGACGGAAUAAUUUUCAUAUCAAUCACCUACUGGAUGAUCGGCUUAACUGUAAAUGCUGGAACCUUCUUCCUCACGUUGCUCAUCGCAUUGCUCGUCGAGUUGAGCUCUGCAAGUCUUGGAGUGAUGAUCUGUUCGAUUACGCCAUCUUAUUCAAUCGCUGUAUCGAUUUCGGGCCCCAUUUUGACCUUGUUCUCCAUCACUGGUGGAAUCUUCACAAACGUGGCCGCAAUGCCCGGAUGGAUUUCCUGGACUCAAUAUCUGUCUUGGUUCCGCUAUGGCUACGAGUCUUUCAUCAUAAACGAGUUCGGCCGCAACAACUCUCGAUAUGCUGAAGGAGAAAUACUGUGCAGGAUUGGCACGGCUAAUUGGACUAAAUCGAUUGUGGCGCAAGAUCAAUGCCUCAAAACCGGAACAGAAGUCGUCGAAUCAUUGAAUUUCCACGAAAAGAAUUGGUACUUCAACCUCGGAAUCAUGCCCAUCUACGUACUCGUUGUUUAUUCGAUUGGUUACAUUGGUCUGCUGUUCCGAGUUCAACGCGCAAGA